AGGAGCAAAAGUGUAUAAACAGGUCUUAGCAGGCAGUUUACAUAGUUAAGAGAAGGGGGCGGCAGGUAUGGCUUAGUGGUGCGGGGCUUUCCUAGCAUCUGUGAAGCCCUGGGUUUGAUCCCCAGCAACACACACACAAUCACAGUUAGGAGAAGGGAGGCAAGUGGGAGGAUAAAUGAAAUGUGAAUUUGUGUUUACUAAUCUCCACGAUUUUCGAUUUUCUUGUUGAAAUAGGAAGCAAGGUCAUUAACCUGGAAUGAGAAUGAGGAAGAAAGUGAUGGAAGUUCGAUGAGAGUGGAGAAAUAUAAUUCUUUAGGAUUGCGGGUGGGGCAAACUGAGAGAUAUUUGAAACCCAGCUGGGAUGAACGCGGGGCGGGCGUGCUACCCAUUACCAGGCGAGAUUAGUCCCCCUAGGCACUCCGUAGUCGGCGUCGCAUUUCCUUGGAGACCAAGACGCAGAAGGCACCCAGUCUCUGGGAAAUUUGAUUGGCCUGGGUUGCCGCGAUCCGCGCUGAGGCAAAAAAGCUGGAGAAGCCGAACAGGCACCUCAGAGAUCAAGGCCCCACGGUCUCACGACUCUUCUCUUGCCAAUGGCGAACGACUUUCGCCGACGCAGCCGCUCUGGGGGUCAGUCCACACCCAAGUUCCACGUUCUGUGGUCCAAGCAGAACAUCAAGUCAUCUACUCUACCUCCACUUGGACAAGCCAGCAUCCACACUAAAAGCAAAACGAAGACCUUGACUAAAGUCCAGUCAGCAGUGUUCCACAAGCCUUCUGUGUUGAUGACAAACCCGCCGAAGGGGCCAGAGGACCUGCACCAAAGGGAGAAGUUCAACCCUCGGAAGACGCAUGCCAAAGUCCGGUUCAUGAGGGCGAUGCUCAGGAACCAGCGGAGCUUGCUCCAGGAGAUGUGCCACCACAAGCACUUCCUCAGCAAGCUUAGCGACGAGCUGGUGAGAGCCAUCCAGGACACCGAGCAGACCACGGCCCUGAGCGUGCGCGCCAUGCUGCAGCAGCAGGACACCCUGACGAGCAUCAUCGACAUCUUGGAGUGCUCCAACAGAAAGAGGCUGCAGCAGCUGAAGUCUGAGCUCGAGGACUGGGAACAUAAGGAGGAAAGCAAGAUCAGCUCCCUGGUGCUGCAGGUGGAGCAGCUGAAUGCCAAAGUCCAGAAGACCCAAGAGGAGGUGAACUUCCUGAGCACGUACAUGGACCAUGAAUAUCCUGUGCGGUCGGUCCACAUCGCCAACCUUGCACGCCAGCUUCAGCAGGCCAAGGACGACCAGCAGGAUGAGCUGGAUAACCUCAGCGAGAUGCGCAGAAUGGUCCUGGAGUCGCUGUCCAACAAGAUUUUGGAGAAGAAGAAAAAAAUUCUGAGGUCUCUGGCGAAGAGAACCCUGCACCCCCACGAGGAGGCUCUUCUGCACAAGGUCCAGGACAGCCAGCUCAGGCAGAGGGGCAGAAGCACGGUCACAGAGUUCAUAGAAGGAUUGAAGGAGAGAUUGCCCGUGCUGAGGACCGAGGCAGAGGAGCUCCGGGCUCAGAUGCAGGACCCCCGCGAGGUCGUUUUCAAGGAUGUUCUGCUUUGGAGACCCAAUGCCUAUGAAGAACCAGGAACUGUGCAAAUGAAAGUCGCCCUUGGUCCUGCCACCAUGGCGUCGUGGAGGGAACCAGAUAUUAGUGGACAAUAAGAUACAAAUGUAGCCAGGGAUGGUGGCGCACACCUGUGAUCCCAGUGACUCGGGAGGCUGAGGCAGGCGGAUUGCAAUUUUGAGGCCAUCCUCAGCAAUUUAGCAAGACCCUCAGCAACUUCGUUAGACCCCGUCUCAGAAUUUAAAUGAAUAAAUAAACAAAUAAAUAAAUAAAUAGGACUGGGGCUAUGGCUCAGUGGUAGAGCUCUCCUGGGUUCAAGCCCCAGUGCCAGACACCACCAGCAACACCACCAGCAACCAAAAGCCACAGAUGUAAAGAAGUGCUAAGGGAGGAGUCCAUGGCCCUGGGAGCGCGUGUCCCAGGCAGUGGGUCUGGGGCAGUCAAGGAAGGUUUCCCUGAGACUGUGACAUUCUUGAACUAAGGUCUGCAGUUGGUGUAGAAGCUCACUAGGCGAAGGGCCUGAGAAGAAGCCAUUCCGGGUGGUGGUGCCGGGGUCUCUGGGGUGGCCUGAGUUGGCGCCCGUGUCUUGACCUGGGAUUUGAACGCACUGAAAUGGGCCUGAGAGGGUUGGGGUGGUGUGGGCCAGGGUACCAGGGUUUUCUGCAGAAGCUGAUUUAGAGAAUGUGGCUUAUGUCUCCAGCCCCGGUGGCUUCUGAAUCCUGAACCGGAAUUAGGCAGAUGGAGCCAGCUGGCCUUGGCGAAGCUGGACUGGAGGGGAACUUGUCCUUGUGGGCAGCUUGUUGCUGAGAGGGAAGGGACUGGGCUUCCCACGGGCCCUCCCUGCCAGGCUCACCGUCUGGGUAGACCUACCCCUGCUGUAGGAGCAGAGGAGCAAAGGCGCAGAGGGGCCCAGAGCAGUGCCCUCACCCACAUGGAAGGGACUGUCGGAGUGCAAAGUAGCGUUCCCUUCCCAGAGUGAGACCGGUG